AUGAUUCAUGUUUCAGGGGCACACGACCUGCUGGGUGCCUGGGCCGCCGUGCAGUCUCCCCUCUACGCACUGGGAAGGGGUCACAGCCGCUUGUCCUUGAACCCAAGGUCGCGAGAGAAGGUCAAAGACCCGUCAAGACAAAGGAACGGAGAGGCGGGACAGCCAAUCGGGGACUCGCAAACGGAGGGAGGACAACUCAUAAACCCCGGAGGAGGGUUACAGACUGAAGGUCCGCAGUUACCGUCCAGUUCGAGAGGCCGAUGGCCGCCCUCGAGCCGCCAUCAGGAGCCAGAAGAGCAGGAAAACAACAACAACCCCGGGGAGGCAGCGGGGGAGGGGGAGGAUGGCAAUGAGCCUGGUCAGGUGACACGUCCCAGGACUGUGCCGGUACCCACGGAGUCUGGGAGGGAGCCAACUGUCCGCCCGCCCACCGAACCUGCCGGGGAACACGGGGAGCCCACGGCCCCUCAUAGGGAACCGUCCCAGCCUCCUCCUACAGAGCCUCCAGAAACAGAGGGACCCUUCUACCCCCACGUUACCGAAAGGCCUAUCCUUAUACCAGGCACGGAGCUGCCAAGGACUCAGCAUCCCAAUAUUGGCGUAGAAACGGAGGAGCCUCCUUUGAUAAGACCCUCGGAGCCUGCGCCAACCGAGAGCCACGAGGCGAGGACCACAACUCACCUCCAACAGGUGCAGACCACAUCUGCAACAAGACCUACCACUCAUCAACCAACAAGCAGGGUUCCAACAGAACCGCCCACAACAAGUUAUAUAGCUGUGGAGUCCAGUGACAGAACUCCUACCGUGAGACCUAUUACAGAGCCAAGUUAUCAAUCUCCAACAGCGCAAGUGGCACCAAGCUCAUCUAGGACUACUGCUCCGGUGCCAACACUGUCCCAUGUUUCAGUUGUGCCCACCGUGAAGCCAGAGAAGCCAACUGAGAAGUUGACUUCAAGACCACCUUUGCCAACUGGCUCCAUGUCCAUAGGUGUGACAGCUGCUGUCACCAUCGCUGUCAUCUUCUGUAUCAGCCUCGUCCUCUUCAUAGCCAUUCAGGUGAUCAGGAAACAGCAGAACCUUGCCUUCAAGAGGCAGUACUAUGGUAACAAGUCCACACCAGGUCUGGACACCACUGACUCCUUCCCUCUGGAGUACUGCUCCCCUGAGAAGUCCAGCACUCUGUCCUCAGAACCAUCCAAGUCAGAGCUGGCAUUUGUGAACGAGGCGUUGGAGAGGGAUGGACCCUGUAACCUCCUCAGUUUGAGCGGCAUCGUGAAAUUCUACUCCAACAUCAGAACCAUUGUGGAGGAGUUUGAGUCCCUUCCAAUGCCAAUGCCAAAGUCCUCUGACAUCCCACCUGGUACUGAGGACAGGAACAGAUACAUGAAUGUGCUGCCUGUUUCACAGACUAGAGUUCCCUUACUGAAGAGACCAGGCUUCCCUCACUCUGACUACAUCAACGCCAACUUUGUCACAGGUUACAAGUUCCAGACCAGGGCCUACAUUGCCACUCAGGCGCCGCUGGACCAGACCUGCGAGGACUUCUGGCGGAUGGUGUGGGAACAGCAGGCUCCAGCCAUCAUCAUGCUCACAGACUUCGAGGAGCAGGAAGUGGUGGGAGAAGAGAAGAAGCCGAAGUGUGCCCAGUACUUCCCGUUAGAAGAGGGACUCCACAACACCCUGGUGUUUGGGGACUACUCAGUCACCACCAAGAAGUCCUGCAGGAGGAAGGGCUACCGAAUCACAACCCUGCAGUUGAAGGACUUGGAGUUCAACUUGUGUCGUGAAGUGACGCACUACUGGAUGACGUCGUGGCCGGUGUUCGGGGUCCCGCGGACGACCGCUCACAUCCUCCACCUGCUGCAGGACGUGCGGCUCACCGUCAGGGCCAGGGAAGUCCUCCACUCUAAACCCGGCCCAGUCGUCGUACACUGCAGUCCCGGCACAGGUCGGACAGGUGUGGUGAUGGCGAUUGAUAUCGGGAUGAGGUGGAUGGACGACACCGGAGCAGCAGACGUGCUGAACACGGUACACAACAUGAGGCACGAGAGGGCGGGGGCCAUCAUGACCAAACAGCAGUAUGCCUUCACGUACAAGGCGCUGAGCCGUUAUGCUAAGAAGCUGAUGAAGUUGGAGCAGGGUUGCGAGUCCUCCGAGUCCGAGUCAGACGAAGAACUGGACUGGGUGGAGGGGACUGCCUGAGGAAACAAAAUGUCCACCCAAAUAAAGAGUCACAGUAAAACUUAGGGUUCUUUCUCCACAAAUUUGAAGCAGGUGGAAACUCUCCAUGAAUAGUUUCAUCAGGUUGAUACAUGUAUACAGAAGAAAGAGACUACUUUAUACACAACCAAGAGGUUAAUUCAGGCGACA